CGGGCGGCUGGCGCGGGAAGCCGCGCGAGAGCCGGCCGCGGGGUGCGUGUGCCGGCGCCGCCGCGUGACGUACACGGCGCGGGAGCCGCCCCUCCCGCACGGAGGAACUGGCCGGCUGCCGCGGCGGCGUCUGGAGCCACAAUGGACACAGCUAGCCAUAGCCUUGUUCUCCUGCAGCAGCUGAACAUGCAACGAGAAUUUGGUUUUCUGUGUGAUUGCACAGUUGCUAUUGGAGAUGUUUACUUCAAAGCCCACAGAGCAGUGCUUGCUGCUUUUUCUAACUACUUCAAGAUGAUAUUUAUUCACCAAACAAGUGAAUGCAUAAAAAUACAGCCAACUGACAUCCAGCCUGACAUAUUCAGCUAUUUGUUGCACAUUAUGUACACUGGGAAAGGGCCAAAACAGAUUGUGGAUCAUAGUCGUUUGGAGGAAGGGAUUCGAUUUCUUCACGCCGACUACCUUUCUCACAUUGCGACUGAAAUGAAUCAAGUGUUCUCACCAGAGACUGUGCAGUCCUCAAAUCUGUAUGGCAUUCAGAUCUCAACAACCCAAAAAACAGCUGUCAAACAAGGGCUGGAGAUCAAAGAAGCUCCUUCCAAUAACAGUGGAAAUAGAGCUGCUGUCCAGGGUGACCACCCCCAAUUGCAACUCUCUCUUGCUAUUGGGCUGGAUGAUGGCACUGCAGAGCCGCAGAGGGCCCGUCCUGCUGCCCCGGCCUUGGAGGAGCACCAGAAGCCCCCAGUGUCCAUCAAGCAGGAGAGAUGUGACCCAGAACCUGUGAUCUCCCAGAACCACCCCUCACCCUCCUCAGAGCUGACAGGCCCCACUUUCACCGAAAGCAGUAUCAAAAUGCACUUAUGCCAUUACUGUGGGGAACAUUUUGAUUCCCGUAAUAAUCUAAGACAACAUCUCCAUACCCAUGUGUCUGGAUCCCUCCCAUUUGGUGUCCCUGCUUCCAUUCUGGAAAGUAAUCACCUUGGUGAAGUGCAACCACUUAAUGAAAAUAGUGAGGCUCUUGAAUGCCGCUGGCUCAGCUCCUUCAUUGUUAAGGAAAAUGAGCAGCAGCCUGACCACUCAAACCAGGGUGCCACAGAGCCUUUGCAAAUCAGUCAAGUGUCUUUGAUCUCAAAAGACACAGAACCAGUAGAAUUAAACUGUAAUUUUUCUUUUUCAAGGAAAAGAAAAAUCAGCUGUACCAUCUGUGGUCAUAAAUUUCUCCGAAAGAGCCAAUUGCUGGAACACAUGUAUACACACAAAGGUAAAUCUUACAGAUAUAACCGAUGCCAAAGGUAUGGUAAUGCAUUAGCCCAGAGAUUUCAGCCGUAUUAUAACACCUGGUCUGAUGUUCCCCUGAAAAGUUCUCGCUUAUUGCAGGAACAGUUAGACUCAUCUUGUGCCUUAGAAUCAGAGCUGACACAAGAAAAUGUGGACACUAUCCUAGUUGAGUAGCAGUUUCUCCUUCAGAAUUUUUAUAUUAAUUACGAAAACAAAAAUCCACAUGCAUUUUUUAAAUUCAUAAAUUAUUUCCUUCUUUAACGUCUAUUCACCUUUUUUCUUUACCACUUAUCCACAGUUUUGAAUUUGUAUAUACUAGGUCUUCUUAUUGUAAGACAUGUUAAUACAUGGCUAUUAAAAUGUAACCUUCAAUUAGGUUGUGAACUUUUCAUAAAUUAAGUUAUAAUUUAGAUACCAGAAGUCAGUGUAGAAGCAGGAACACUAGAGUGAACAGUUCCAGAAUUUCUAAGGUUUUCCAAUGUUGUAGAAGCAGUUAAAUCCAUUUGAAUAUGAAAUAAAUGAAAAAAAUUUAAAGAAUUCUUUGAACUAUCGCUUUUAGCUAAUGUUUCAUAUGAAUAAACCCCUAUGAAGAUUAUUUUUAAAUAUUUCCUGCCUUAUAGGAAGUUAAGAGUUAUUUUAAUGCAUAAUUAUGUUAUGAUGUAUAAAAAAUUUGUUUUAAGACAUAGCUAUAAGAAAUCAUGAGUAGUUUUAAAAUUAUUAUUAUUAUUAUUAUUAUUAUAUUUUUUUUUUUUAGGAGAGCAAGGUACAGGCUUUUAUUUAGAGAUAAAGUGAGAGAACAGAGCUCCCACCUUGUGCCAGGAGGGGACAAGAGAGUCCUAAAAUUAUUUUUUACUAACUAGCUCUGCAACAUCUUACAUGGCUUUUAUUUAUUUACUUUUAACAUCGAGCAUACCUUAUUUUUAAUUAAAAAUAUUUUAGGUAAAAUAGAAAAAAGAAGAAGAGUCAGACAUAAAAAAAUCCUAAAGAGAGAAACAGAAAGAUACAUACACAUAAACAUACAGUUCAGAUAGAGCUGCAUUGACUAACACCCCAGUGUUGUUAAUUUAUCUAGAGUGUUUUCUUAAAAACCUUAAGAACAAUUUGAGAUUUUUUUAUGACCAGAGGUUUACAUGAGUUGAAAGAGGAAAAUGAUAAAAUACAGAUUAUUUUUCUAUCCUCAGAGUCAGAGGAUUUUCUAGGCUUUGUGAGUUGAUGUUAAUUUUCUAAAAAUCAGUUAAGAAGUAAUUUUUUAGUGGUUCAGUUUUCAUUUUUUUUCUGGCCCAUAAAACCAGCAGAGUAAAUAUAGAUAUAGUCCUUGCCCUUAAACUAUGUAUAAAAUCCAUGAUAGCUUUCUUCUGUAAAUAAAGGAAACUCUCUGUUAUAAUAGUGAAAUUUACAAAGCUAAAAGCCCAGAAAAAUUAAAAUUGACAAGUAAAUGAUAGCUGCUUCUUCUCUGGAGCUGGGAAAUAUACCUGCUCAAACUUUACCACAAAGGAUAGAUCUAAAUUGUUUCUAAAAUGUUUGAAUUUCAAAUACUAGCUAGUCAAGAAUAGCAAAAGAGAUAGGCUUCAAAAUAGCCUCAUUUCUUUUUGUAUGCUGCCCUGUAAAAUUCUAAGGCUCACAGACAUUUUAAUCUAUUAACUUUGUUUUGUGAGGCUUUAACUGUAUGCAGACACUUUGAGCUCUGUUGUAACUGCAUACUUCUGAGGACAUUUCCUGACAACAUCAGACUUUCUCAGCAGCACUGGAGUUCAGUCAGGAGGGAACUCAAAGAGUAAUCCAUUUUAUUCUAAGGGCACAAAAUUUUCUCUGUGUAAACAGUGAGUUUAGGUGAAUUUAUGACAUUACAAGUUUUUCUUGAGGGCUGAAUGAAGAAAUCAACUGGGCAUUGUCUGAGGCAGUUGAGAGUGAGUAAAGCUUCCUAGGGUUAAGAUUGAUAUGUGUGAAGAGCAAAAUCUACAAUUAUGAUACAGGAUCAGUUGUAUUGGGGGUGGUUAAACAAUAUGUUCCUCUUUGGGUCAGAGCUACAUCUAAUCUUAAACGUAAAUAUUUUAAGUAAUUAUUCGAACUCAUGCUGCCCUCAAAGAUUUCAUCCCAUAGGAUAAACACAAAUAUUAAAAUUGAUUUCAAGUAUUUAAGGCUAUUUGGGAGAUAUUUCCUAGACUUCUUCAAGUAAAAUUUUAUUUUCCUCAUCAUGAUAGCAAUUUUUCUGAUUUUUCUCAUCUGUAUUCUUUCCUGUUCGCCCAGUUGUUAAUCUUUGACACAAGAAGUAUGUAGCUAAAGAGAGGGAUUAGGGGUAUGUAUGAGUUGUGGGAUAGGCAGCAGUACAAGGCAGAAGCAUUCAGAGUUUGGCUUAUGGCUGAUUAGCCAUGAUGGACAACAUUAAUUUAAAGCAGAAAUUUAUCUACAUUUGUUGGGUGUUAAGAAAAUAGUAAUUAGUGCGUGGGGGGGGCACGGGGAGAGCUGCGCAACACAGAAAAGACAAGUAGUGAUUUUACAGCAUCUUACUACGCAGAUGGACAGUGACUGUGAAGGGGUAUGUGGGG